AUGGACCCAAUGAGAAAACGAGACUCCACCUUCAUCGUCAUUUCAUCACUGGCAGUAUUUACUAUUGCCAUUGCCUCAGUUAGGUGUGCCUUUGUGACUAUGGGCAAGAUCGUACUGCAAACUUCAAUGACUAAGUUAGCUGAUAAGUUUGGUACAAGGAGAGAGGCUACUUGGGCAGUAGCAGCGGGAGGAGCGACCAACAUACUAGAUUUGGUUAAGCACUGUACUACAGCCUCAGGACAGCCGGUGGAUGGUGUUGAAUGCGCUUCAUCGGUCUUAACUUCGGUGGUUGCCUUUGGCUUUGCCGUAGCGAAGAGGUUAGAUACGGGUGCAUGGUGGAAGAGGGACCUUAGUUGGGCCACAAUGAGUGACGACCUCGUGAUGCACAUCAACAGCAUGGCGAAUCAGACCGGGCUCAUCGAUCUGACGUUAACGCCUGCAGGACUAGCUCUACUAGGGCCAUCAGUUGCAGAUUUAGCAAAUAAUGUAGGUAUGACGAGCGACAUUCCAAUGACUAAAAGAGAUUUGGGAGAUGAAUGGUUACUGGAGGGUACUAUAGUCCACACUUCAGGCAAUCAAACCAUCUAUAAUUUUCUACAAACCAACUUUACGCAUGCAUACAUCACAAGUAUGCCGGAAAGCGGCUUCCAGAAACGUAACGGAUUCAACGGCUACACAAACACUGAAGGCCACGAAAUAUUCGUGCAGUCUGAAAGUGAGGGGACUGUUGCAUACU